AGUGCAGCUGGAACACACAGCCCUGGUGGAAACAGGUGCAGCCGGCGGCCAUGAGCGGAAUACUGAAGAGGAAGUUCGAGGAGGUGGACGGCGUCUCGCCGUGCUCAUCCCUGCGCGAGUCUGACGACGAGGUCUCCAGCGAGAGCGGGAACAGCAGUGACAGCGUCAACCCCUCCGGAUCCAGCCCCUUCACCCCCGCCUCCAUCCUGAAGCGGGGAAAGCGCAUGCGCGGCAGGAGCGUGCACUUCCAGAACGUGACGGUGUACUACUUCACCCGGCGGCAGGGCUUCACCAGCGUGCCCAGCCAGGGCGGCAGCACCCUGGGCAUGUCCAGCCGGCACAGCUGCAUGCGCCAGUAUACGCUGGGGGAGUUCGCCCUGGAGCAGGAGAGGCUGCACCGGGACAUGCUCAGAGACCACCUGAAGGAGGAGAAGCUCAACUCCCUCAAGCUCAAGCUAACGAAGAACGGCACGGUGGAGUCGGAGGAGGCCAACGUGCUGACGGUGGACGACAUCUCGGACGACGACAUCGACCUGGACAACACCGAGGUGGACGAGUACUUCUUCCUGCAGCCGCUGACCACCAAGAAGCGGCGGGCCCUGCUGCGGGCGUCGGGGGUGAAGAAGAUCGACGUGGAGGAGAAGCACGAGCUGCGAGCCAUCCGCGUGUCCCGGGAGGACUGCGGCUGCGACUGCAGGAUCUUCUGCGACCCCGAGACCUGCGCCUGCAGCAUGGCGGGCAUCAAGUGCCAGGUCGACCGCAUGUCGUUCCCGUGCGGCUGCACCAAAGAGGGCUGCAGCAACACUGCGGGCCGGAUCGAAUUCAACCCCAUCCGGGUACGGACUCACUUCCUGCACACCAUCAUGAAGCUGGAGCUGGAGAAGAGCCGCGAGCAACAGCAGCAGCAGGUCUCCUCCACCCCCGGCGGUUUCCACGGAGAUGCGGCGGCGCACGGCGGCCCCCUGGUGCAGGUGGGGCACGGGCUGGAGUACCCCCUGCCCGACAGCGUGCCGCAGACCGCCCUCAUGCACCUGCAGGCUGCCGACGACAUGGACGAGCCCAUCGAGGACGAGGACGACGAGGACGAAGACAACGAGGACGAGGAGGACGAGGAAGAGGAGGAGGAGGAGGAGGAUGAGGAAGAAGAUGGCAACAGCCUGUGCAGCGGGCUCACCGACUCCAGCACGCAGAGCCUGGCGGCCAGCGACUCCGAGGAAGAGGAUGACGACGAAGACAAGUCGGACGACUUCGAGGAUGGGAUCGGCGUGCCCCCGGUGUCUCACACUGAAGUGGUGCCCCUGUCCUCAGUGCUGUGCUACUCCGACAGCCCGGCGGUGCACAACGGCCACAGCAACAGCAACUCCUACUUCGCCAGCCCCUCCGCCGAGUAUUACCAAAUGCAGAACUCCAGCUCUGCCUCGGCUGGCGUGGCUGCCGAAGCCCCGCCCUUCCAGGACAGGGUGACCAACCACGGCGACGCCAUUUCACUGGGGCCCUUCGGCCUGUCCUCCGAGCAGUACGUCGGUUACUCCAGGCAGUCCGAGGAACAGUACGGCGCUCACCGUUUCUCCGUGACCAACGGUCCCUCUUCGGUCAUCGUCUGCUGCGGUCCGGACCAGGAGAACAACGUCCAGGCCAAUGGGCUGUACCCCGGAGAGCCCGGCCUUCACUCCCAGAUGGAGUUCCAGAACUACUUAAACAAUAACUCGCAAGAGCACUACAUCAGCAACGGGAACUGCUUUGUGUCUGAGCAACCCGAGGAGGUCUCUAACGCUCUGUCUGAAAGCUCGUCUUUACCGGAGAGUAAAAAGAACCCUGCGUCACUAGAGAGUUUUCCCAAAGUCACACCAGUUUAGUGUGCCU